AAAAACAAAAAUACCGAGACAUAAAACACAAACCGGUCUGGAGUCGGGCAGGGAAACGAAGGGAGUGGAAGACGAAGAGAAGGAGAGAACAAAAGAAAGGGGGAAAAGGAAAAGCAGCUAAAACCUAAAAGUAGCCAAAAACGCAAUUUUCUUGUCUCCCUCCCUUUCUCUUCCGAUUUUUUUUUUAAUUCCAAAAAAAUAAAAAAUAAAGGAUAUUAUUAUUCUCUAUAUUUUUGCUGAAAAUUAUUGGACAAUUGACUCCUCACCCUCCAUUUUUUUUUCUUCUCGUUACUUUUUCCUUUAUGUCUCCUCAGAUCUAAACCUUCUCAGAAAUUUAGGGGCGAAGUCGAUUCGGCAAAUCAGCGACGAAAUUAGGAAAAAAACCGCCGGUCCGAUCUAAGAAGCCGAAUUGAUAUGGAUGAUUUUCCAGGUUUAUUAGCCAAAGAUUUUGGGAUCAAACCUCAAGGCAAGUCGGCCCCGAUGGCACCUCCUCGAAACCCUUCUUCGGGUACCAAUUUCUCUUCGGGUUCGAAUUACGGGUUCCGAUCCGAUUUUACCCGAUCCUCGUCCGGCAACGCCAAGUCAUCAUCCAAUGCCAUUUUCGACGAUCACGAUCGCGACGGGCUCAUCUUUAACGACGUAUUUGGUGGACCACCCAAAUACUCCUCUGAAUCUCGAGCCACAGCCGCUCAAACGUCGUCUUUCGAUUACGACUCCAUUUUCAAGGAGCCGAAGCCGCCGGUAUUUGACAAGCCUGUUUACGAUGACGAUCUUUUCGAUGGAUUGCCAGGGAUCAAGAGCUCUUCCUCAUCAGCGUCGGCCGCUAAGUACGAUGACGUUUUUGCUUCGAUCUCGGGGUCUUCGCCUCCUCCUAAGCACAGGUCCGUAAGCGGCUCGCCGUUUGAUGAGCUGCUUGGGAAUCUAGGGAGGAAAGAGACUGACACGAAGACAAAGAGCGAGAGAGUGAAAGCGGAGAAAGAUGCGCCUGUUUUUGAUGAUUUGCUUCCUGGUUUCGGUCGGAGCAGCUCUCCUGCACCUGCAAGGUCAACUUCAGAUGUCCACCAGUCCCAGAAACCAGCCUCAAAUUCAAUCAAGACUGGCCCCAAUAUGAUGGAAGACCCCUUUGUCGUCUUAGAAUCAACAUCAGUCCCUGCAGAUUCGUCCUCAGGGUUGUUUACAGACCCCUUGGAAGAAAUAAGUAAAAUUAAUGGAUCUGCGAAGUCAAGAGUGGAGAGUUCAUCUGGAAGUGGGGGAGUAUUUGAUGAUAUAGAUCCUCUUGAUGGUCUUGGAAAAUCUGUACCUCCAGUGUCAUCUGAGAUCAAUAAGAGGGGGAAGGACAGGAGCCCUUUAAGAACUGCAAGUGGUUCACAAACUCCUGCUGGUAAAGAGCCAAUUGAUGAAGAAUAUGAGCAUCAUACAAAGAAGAGGAUGCCAUCUGUUGACAGUUUUCCGGAAUCUCAUCAACCUGUUUUUGACAUGCCCAAUGUGUCAACCGAUUUUCCUAGCUCUGUUGGUCGAACUACUAGCCCUCCUCCAUACUCAAAUGUCAGUUCUAAUGACACUAGUUCCCAGGUAAAUACAACUCCUAGAUCUGAGGAGAACUUUGACACAUCUGAUGAAGUGUGGCUCACUGUAUCAGAGAUUCCUCUCUUUACCCAACCUACCAGCGCUCCACCCCCUUCAAGACCCCCGCCUCCAAGACCACCUCGAGUUUCAAAGUCAGACACAGGCUCAUUUUCUUCCACAAAUGCAAAAAAGGUCAAUGAAUUUUCCUCUUUCCCAAAUUCAACUCAGUACUCGCACAGCUCGCAGUCUGCUCGUGUUGCAGGAAGGAGCUCUGUUACAUCUCAAUUUGAUGAACUUAGAAUUGCUGAAACACUAGAUGUUGAGAUCAAGAGAUGGGCUGCUGGGAAAGAGGGAAAUUUGCGUGCUCUGCUGUCAACAUUGCAAUAUGUUCUUUGGCCUGAAUGUGGUUGGCAGCCGGUUUCUUUGACGGAUUUGAUUACAGGUGCUGCAGUUAAAAAAGCUUACAGAAAGGCGACUCUUUGCAUCCAUCCUGAUAAAGUCCAGCAAAAAGGUGCCAAUCUUCAACAGAAAUAUAUCGCAGAGAAGGUGUUUGACUUGCUCAAGGAAGCCUGGAACAAGUUCAAUUCGGAGGAGCUUUUCUGAGUUUGGAAUUGUUGAUUACGUAGCUCAAAAAUUCAUGAACUAUUCCUUGGGAGUUGAAUGCAUGACUGUUGAAGCAGCUAUAAUUUUCUUAUCCGCAGCUGUUGUCGUCUGCUUCGAUUUGAUGAUUUCAUCGAAUCAGCUGUUAAAGCGUGGCACAAGGUGCUGCUUCAAAGGCCGCAGAGGCAUCUGAAGGGUGAAGUACUCUUCUUUUGUUAAGGUUGAUUGAUGUACAUUAAUCUUCAUCCAGCUUAUGCACGCGGAAGUUGGAAUCUUGGUGUUAGUGUAGAUUAUUAUAUAAUUCAGCGAAUUGGUCAGUUCUAUCAUCCGCCCCACCCCAUAUGCACGGAAUGAGGGGAUUUUUUGUGUUAAUUCUUUUACAAUAUUGUUUUUAUAUCUUUUUGUGGCAAAUAGAGAGCUAUGAUAUGUUGAGUGAAUGCCUACAUGUUCUAUUGAUAUCAAAACAAUAGUAUGAGAUGUGUAUGAUUGUUGAGCUGGCUUAUUCCGAUUCAUAUAUAUCAUCCAUUUUUUCUA